AUGUCUGAAGAAUCUGCACCAAAACGGCGACGCGUUCAGAGAUCUCCUUCGCCGGUCUACAAGUUAGACAACGAGGACGACUCCUACGAGCCGUACAUUCCUGUAACUCAGCGGCGUCAAGCAAAGCUCGCAAAGCUCACCUCGUGGGGUGUGGACAAGACCAAAAAUCAAAGUCCAGAAGACGAGCAAGACGAGCGCGAGGAUGAGGAGCGAGAGGAAGAGCGGCGGAGGGAGAAAGCCAGGAAGGAGCGGACGCUCUUGAUGGAAGCGCAGGAAGUGCACGAGAAGAAGGCCGCAGAGGAUUCGAAGAAGACCGAUGUUGAAAAGGCGGAGGAGGCCGAUGCAGAAAUUCUUGCUGCCAUUGCUAGUCGGAAGAAGCUAGCAUCUGACCUGGAGUUGGCCAAGGGCGUCUCAUAUACGGACUCGAUGAAGUCAUCAUGGCGACCACCGAAGUUCGUUCGCGAAAGAAGCGAAGAGGAGAAUACACGAAUACGUGACAAGUAUCAUAUUCUGGUCGAUGGCGAGGACAUCCCGGCCCCCAUUGAGAACUUCACCGACAUGAAAGUCCCGGCAGUUCUUGUCAAGUUCCUUAAGUCCAAACGGAUUACAACACCCACUCCCAUUCAGUUACAAGGCAUCCCCACGGCCUUCUCCGGUCGUGACAUGAUAGGCAUUGCAUUUACGGGUUCAGGCAAGACGCUCGCAUUCUGUCUGCCGAUGAUGAUGUUCGCGCUCGAAGAGGAGUCCAAGCUGCCCUUCGUGCGUGGUGAGGGUCCCGUUGGCGUUAUCCUCUGCCCCUCGCGCGAGCUGGCAACGCAGACAUACGAGAAUGUAGUCGUAUGGACGAACGCCCUGGCGCGCGACGGCGCAUACCCUCAGCUAAACGUGCUGCUGUGCAUUGGCGGCAUCUCGAUGAGUGACCAGAGCCACGUGUUGAACAAGGGAUUGCACGUCGUCGUCGCGACGCCUGGCCGGCUAAUCGACAUGCUCGAGAAGCGGCGGUUCACGUUCGACAAUUGUCGGUAUCUGUGUAUGGACGAGGCCGAUCGCAUGGUCGAUUUAGGCUUCGAAGAUGACGUGCGGAAUAUCAUGAGUUACUUCAAGCGCCAACGACAAACGCUGCUGUUCUCUGCGACGAUGCCAAGGAAGAUCCAGGAUUUUGCACAGCAGUCUCUCGUGAAACCUAUCCUCGUUAAUGUCGGACGCGCGGGUGCUGCGAAUUUGGAUGUGUUGCAGGUGGUAGAGUACGUCAAGCAGGAAGCCAAAAUGGUGUAUCUGCUUGAAUGUCUGCAGAAGACGCCUCCGCCUGUGAUCAUAUUCAGCGAGAACAAGAAUGAGGUGGAUGAUAUUCAAGAAUACCUCUUACUCAAAGGAGUGGAAGCCGUCGCAAUUCACGGCUCGAAAUCACAAGAGGAACGUCAGUAUGCGAUCAAGUCGUUCAAAUCUGGCGCCAAAGACGUUAUGGUCGCGUCCGGCGUCGCUUCGAAGGGUCUCGAUUUCAACGAUAUUCAGCACGUAAUCAUCUUCUCCAUGCCGAAGGAGAUCGAGGAUUACGUGCACCAGAUCGGACGUACAGGACGCAGUGGCAAGACCGGAAUCGCGACGACGUUCGUGAACAUGAACACGCCGGAGCAAACGUUACUGGACCUGAAGUAUCUCUUGAUGGAAGCCGGUCAAAAGGUUCCACCAUUCCUGCAGAGCAUCGAAGAUCCUCGGGCGGCGCAGGGUGGAUCCCUCAAAGGCUGCCCAGUCUGCGGAGGUCUCGGCCAUGGUAUCUCGAAUUGCCCGAAAUUGGAGGAUACCCAGCGGCGCCAGAUGGCGUCACACAGAGGAUCAGACGACAGAGGCGGUUACUGA